UCAAGUGUGCCGUCUAGUGAGAGAGAUCCGCGUUAAACUACAUUAACAAGCCGGACAUUACAUACAAAACCCCAGGGGUGAGUAGAAUAUUAUUAGUUUAAGAGAUUUUUUUUUGAAAAAAUAAGAUAUUUAUUUAAAAAUGCGCUUUAGAUUGAAUAUAUAACACUUGAUGAAUUAUUGACAAACUCUGCUAGUAUGAUUUUCACAUUAUUUACAUCACAUAAACAUCAUUUUUUGAAAAAAUAAAACAAAACACUGUUGCAGAAAACGUCUCUAACUCCUGUUUAAAAAUGCUGUUGAAAAUAUACUUUGGUAGUGCCAUUGUAUUCUUAAAAGUACUUUGAAAUGCCAUAUAUUGUGCAUAUCAUGGUAUAGGAGGAAUGUUGUAAUCAUUCAUAUGAUAUACUGUAUAUCCAUACAUAGUAUGUAUUACAAUCUUAUACCAUCACUUUACCAUGGCAUUUCCACAGUACUUAAGAGAUGGCAAUAUAUCCUGUUCUUAAUGACACUUCUAUAGAUUACUAUUGCAAGUUGUAGGUACAGAUCAGGAUGACAAUGGCACAUCAGGCUCCCUUGGUGGCGAGGGAUGCAGUGUUAAAGGAGAGCUGCCCCCUGUCAGAGGACUUGCCCUGUAUUAAAGGUUAUGACUUCAAUCAGGGUGUGGACCAUAAAGCCCUGCUGCAGUCCUACCUCACCACGGGCUUCCAGGCCAGCAGCUUUGCACAGGCCGUGCAGGAGAUCAAUAAAAUGAUAGAGAAGCGUUUAGAGUCGUCGAAGGAGGAGCAGGUGGGACAUGAGGUCAGCGAUUCUCAUCACUCCGCUUCAGGAUGCACCAUCUUCCUGGGAUACACCUCCAACCUGAUCAGCUCAGGUGUGCGAGAGAGUAUUCGUUACCUCGCACAACACAAAAUGGUAGAUGUGAUAGUAUCCACAGCAGGGGGGAUUGAAGAGGACCUUAUAAAAUGUUUAGCACCCACUUACCUUGGAGAGUUCAGUCUGAAAGGCAAAGAACUACGACAGCAAGGCAUUAAUAGAAUAGGGAAUCUCCUGGUACCAAAUGAUAAUUACUGUAAGUUCGAAGACUGGCUGAUGCCUAUUCUGGACCAAAUGGUUCUGGAACAGAAAACAGAGGGCACACACUGGACACCCUCGAAAAUGAUCCACCGACUCGGCAAAGAAAUAAACAACCCGGAUUCUGUUUAUUACUGGGCUUAUAAGAAUGACAUCCCUGUGUUUAGCCCCGCCCUCACUGACGGCUCAUUGGGUGAUAUGAUCUAUUUCCACUCGUACAAGAACCCUGGACUGGUGCUUGACAUUGUGGAGGAUAUUCGGAGGUUAAACAGCAAAGCCGUGUUUGCCAAGAGCACAGGGAUGAUUAUUCUCGGGGGAGGUCUCGUCAAACAUCAUAUCGCCAAUGCUAAUCUCAUGAGGAAUGGGGCGGAUUUUGCAGUGUUUGUCAACACUGGUCAGGAGUUUGAUGGUUCAGAUUCGGGUGCCAGACCGGAUGAAGCUGUUUCAUGGGGAAAGAUCCGUAUGGAUGCCACACCUGUAAAGGUUUAUGCAGAUGCCUCUUUAGUAUUUCCACUCUUAGUUGCUGAAACGUUUGCACACAAUGCCAACAGACUGAUCAAGGAAACGAAGAGCGAUUGAUGGUGCUUUCCUCUUUCUAAACCUCGCUAGCGUCCUUUUGUCUUUUCCUGUUUGCUUGGAUAUCUGUCCAACUGAUUUGAAUGCACCAUCUAAAUUCAUGACAUCUUGUUUAACUUGAUCAUGUAAACAAGCUUGGCAUCUUUGUUUCUUUUAUUACAUGUGACCGUUUGCAAUCGUUCAAGUCUUUCUAUGUAAUGCCUGUAAAAGUCUGUUCAAAAGAAGCUAUUCAAGUCGAUUGCAUUUGGAAUUAAUGUUGACCAGCUUUUUAUUUUGACUUUUGUAGCUUUUUCAGAAGCGACAAUGUUGAUUUUAUUUAUUUCAUCCCUAGUUGUUGUGCACAACAGCUUUAGUGCCAUUUCUGUCUGCUACUUUUAUCUGUGAAAUAUUGUGCAUGACAUUUAGUGUGCUGUCAUUUUAAAGGAAUAUUUGGGGUUCAAUACAAGGUUUAAAGUUAAGCUCAAUCGACAGCAUUUUUUGCAUAAUGUUGAUCACCACAAAAUUGUUCUUUUUAACUUGUUUGACGACCCCUUAUCUUAAAAAAAAGAAGCAAUUUUUGGUUUUGGGUGUACUAUCCUUUUAACAUGUUUUUAGAGUGAUAAAAUCACUUACUAACCUUUUCUGUGUAAAGUUAUAGCCAAUUUUACAACUUUGUUGCCAUGACAGCGUAACACUGUAACACUAAAACGACAAUUACAGCUCAAAUAAUUCACAAGUUUUAACAGAAGAAUUAAUGUAAGUGCUUUUAUAAAAUUAUAAGCUUCAUAUUUCUGUUUUUAAACCAUCCAAAAAUGGGCCCCCAUUAACCUCCAUUGUAGUAGCCUCGAUUUUUGCUUUUUUUUUUUUUUUUUUUUUUUUUUUUAGAAUAGGAGGGACAAGUCAAAAUAAAUGUUUGCAGUAAUCAACAUUAUGCCAAAAACGCUGUUGAUUGAAGUUAACUUGUAUUGAACACAGAAUAUUCCUUUAAGGCCACCAGAGGGCGGUAGUGUCUUCAGUUCAGAGGUCACCAAAUACAUUUCUUAUAUGCUUCAGUUAUUCACAAGAGGCUGUUAUUUUAUUUGACUUGCACUUGACUGUUUAAACGGUUUAUUUCAUUGGUGUGACAAAUUAAAACUAUUUAUUGUGUAUUUAGCUGCUGUGUUGAAAGUCCUCGAGACUUGGGCAUGAAAAUGGCAAGAACAUAUGCUUGACUUUAGUGCAAACGUUUUGACCUAAUUGUCAAUGUUUUUUUUGGCCCUGUCAAUAUAGUCUCAAAUUUCCUUCCUCAUAUCUGAAGUUGCAUUGAUAAGUAUUUUUCGCCUGAGGGAAAUGGUGCAAAUCUGAAACCAAUGUGUUUUCAACUUGCAUGCAAAGCGUGUCCUGUCUGCCCUUGUUUUGAUAAUUGUAUUUUGCUACCAAGAAGUCUCACCGUGCAGCUCAUCCUGAUACAGGUCAGAUUGCUGUUGAGUGGAUGUCAGUUUUCUGGGCGUUGUUGCAUGACUGAGGUCACCUGAAUGGAUUUGUUAUGAGUAAUAAUUUUGUCUAACUGAAACAUUUAAAUAUGCAAAAUGUGAGGUCUUGGCGUUGGAACGGUUUUCAGUGUUCAAGCAUUAAUACAAAGUUUGUCAAACCAUUUGUGCAACCUCAAAACGUUGUUCCAAACCCGUUUGACAUUGUUUCUAAGGGACAUUGUAGGCAGAACACUAGCUUCAGCCACCAUCUUUAUUCCCCCCAUGCAAUGAAAGUGAAUGGUGACUGAGGCUGUCAGUUCGUACCAUUUAGCCUAUGUAUCUCAUAUGUUUCACUGAACAAAGAAAUACAAAAAUAAGGGGGUUUGGAACAACACAGGAGUGAUUAAUUGAUGACAGAAUUUUAUUUUUUGGGUUAAUCAUCCCUUGAACUUAUUUCAAGGUGGGAUCAAAUACAUGCAUGCCAUAUUUCCAUCAUUCUAUUUGUCCUCUUUGCAUUUGCAAAAAGGGAAAUAAUAAAAUUAAAUGAUGAAAAGGCCUUUUGCCUUAAAUAUAUAGUUUUAGUUGUAUACUGUAUAUACCGUGCAUUCAUAAAGUAUUCAGACCCCUUCAUUUUCUUCCACAUUUUAUGUCACAGCCAUAUCCUAAAAUGCUUUAUAAUUUUUUCCACAUCAAUCUACACCCCAUGCCCAUAAUGACAAAGCAAUGAUUUUUGAUAACUUGAUUUUAAGAAAACUAAUCUGAAAAAUAUCACAUUGGCAUGAGUAUUCAGACACUAUGACACUUGCAAUGUAGCUCAGAUGCGUCCCAUUUCUCCGGAUCAUCUUUGAGAUGUUUCUACACUAUGAUUGGAGUCCUCCUGUGGUCAGUUCCAUUGAUUGGACAUGAUUUGGGAAGGUGCACACCUCUCUAUAUAAGGUCUCACAGCUGAAAAUGCAUAUCAGAGCAAAAACCAAGCCAUGAGGUCAAAGGAACUGCCUUCAGUACUCAAAGACAGGGUUGUGUCGAGGCACAGAUCUGAGGAAGGCUACAAACAUUUUUUUUUGGCUGCAUUGAAGGUUCCCAAGAGCACAUUGGCCACCAUAAUUCUUAAAUGGAAGAAGUUUGGAACAACCAGGACUCUUCCUAAAGCGGGCCACUUGGCUAAAUUGAGCAAUCGGGGGAGAAGGGCCUUGGUAAGAGAGAUGAACAAGAACAAGAUGGUCACUCUGGUUGAGCUCCAGAGAUCAUGUGUGGAGAUGGGAGAAACUUGCAGAAGGACAACCAUCACUGCAACACUCCACCGAUCUGGGCUUUAUGGCAGAGUGACCAGACAGAAGCCUCUCCUCAGUGCAAGACACAAAAACAUACCUAAAGGACUCUCAGACUGUGAGAAACAAGAUUUUCUGGUCUGAUGAUACAAAGAUUGAACAGUUUGGCCUCAAUUCCAAUCAUCAUGUCUGGAGGAAGCCAGGCACCGCUCAUCACCAGCGCAAUACCGUCCCAACGGUGAAGCGUGGUGGUGGCAGCAUCAUGCUUUGGGGGUGUAUUUCAGCAGAAGGGACUGGGGACUGGUCAGGAAUGAAGGAAAGCUGAAUGCAGCAAAAUACAGAGAUAUCCUCGAUGAAAACCUGCUCCAGAGUGCUCAGACUGGGCCGAAGGUUCACCUUCCAACAGGACAAUAUGACCCUGAGCACACAGCCAAGACAAUGCAAGAGUGGCUACGGGACAACUCUUUGAAUGUCUUUAAGUGGCCCUGCCUUGAACCCAAUCAAACAUCUCUGGAGAGACCUGAAAAUGGCUGUGCACCGACGCUCCCCAUCCAACCUGACAGAGCUUGAGAGGAUCUGCAGAGAAGGCAGAUAAUCCCCAAAUCCAGGUGUGCAAAGCUUUUUGCAUCAUAACAAAAAGGCUGUUAUUGCUGCCAAAGGUGCUUCAAUACAUUUACAAAAUUAUCAAUAAUCUGCUUUUUUUUGCUUUGUCAUUAUGUGGUAUGGAGUGUAGAUUGAUGUGAAAAUAUAAUAAUUUAAAGCAUUUUAGCAUAAGCCUGCAACAUAACAAAAUACACACAAAAAAAUGAAGGGGUCUGAAUACUUUCUGAAUGCACUUUAUAUAUAUAUAUAUAUAUUAUUACUGUAUAUGCAAAUCGUUUUUAUUUAAUACAUGCAGUAUUUUUAUUAAUAAUUUAUUAAUAUAAUAAACAUAUUAUUAUAUUAUGUAUUAUAUAAUAAUAGUAAUGCAAAAUAAAAGCCACUUGUAAGAUUUCCACUUGUGUUCCCCUGUGCAUUUGUAAAAGGUGAAUGAUGAAAUUAAAUGAUGAAACGAUGAUUUUUGCCAUAAAAAUAUAAUUUAAAUAAUAUAUAUAAAAGUAAAAUAUUGAAUAAUUGUUUAAUGCAAAUUAUUUUUAAUACAUAUAAUUAGUAAUAUAGUAACAUAUGAUAUUAUUAUUCAUAAGAAAUAUUCUAAUUAAUAAUAAUAAUAAUGCAAAAUGUAUGAUGUCAUGUAUGAACGGCUAUCAUGUAGGACAAAACCUCUGUUUAUCUUUCUGUACAAUAAACUUCACUUUAAGAUGUCUAUAAAUCAAGAUGAAAACGUGAUGAAACAUGAAAAAGUAAAGGUGAAAAGUUCUGUGUUCUCCAGCUGUGGGGUGGAGUUAAUCUGGCUAGUCUUGUUUUGUGUGUGUGUGUGUGUGUGUGUGUGUGUGUGUGUGUGUGUGUGUGUGUGUGUGUGUGUGUGUGUGUGUGUGUGUGUGCGCGCGCGUGCGCAGGGGCGGACUGGGAAGAGAAAUCGGCCCUGGAUUUUACAUAGAAACCAGCCAAAAAGAGAAGCCGAACAGUUUCGGUCCUGUUUCGCGGCCGCCCCACUGGGAAAAGUCCCGGUUCGCCAUAUGGCCAGUCAGCCCUGUAUGUGUGUGUGGGGGUGUGUGUGUAGGCUAUAAAUGAGCAGUCACCCUCGUUAUCUAAUCUUACUCUCUGUUUACCUGUUAUGUUGACAUGGUAACCACCCCAACAAUUUAUAUCUGUCAUAAACCUGUAAAGGUGUAAAUCCGUUUGCAAGCAAAAGACACCGUGGGAGUAAAUCCGUGAAAUGUGAAAAGAAGGUGAGACGUCUGCGUGGGGACUUUCAGUUGACUAAAGAAAUAAAAAGAGAAGUCCCCUCGGCUGUCGUCUUAGAAACAGGAAGUACAGUGAUGUCAGUUCUAACAGUGACGCAGCCAUCUGCUGUCGCUGAAGGUUCUAUUUGUUGCUAUGGAGACGUCUUUGGUGUAAGCAAACAUCCUGUGGUCCCAUAAUCAGCAGCAGCAGCUUGAUUUACAUUAGAACUGUCCACACCUGGACUACACACACACACACACACACACACACACACGAAUGAACCAAUUGACGCGAGGCCUCGAUUUCUCUUUUGCAAGUUUUAAUCUUUACACUGAAUUUUAGUCUUAACAGAAUAUCUAAUUAUAAAUUAUAGAAUUUAAUUUAGGUUUAAAUAUCCAUACAUUUAAAAAUAUAUCUUAUUUAUUAUUAUUAACCUAUUUAUUUUUUUUGCACUUUUCUUUUUUUAAUA